AUGUCAGAAGAGUCAAAUUCUGCGGCAGAGCCGGAAACUUUGGGAGAAUGUGGCAAGGAGAAAAAGCGAUCCAACCGUUUCCGCUUCAAAUCCAAAAGCGCAGGCGGCUCUCUUCACGACUGUGACCAUGACUCGAGAGGCCAUAAACGACGAAGACAUGAUGACUCUUCCCGCCGAUACAGGAAACGCCAUAGAUCUUCGGAGCACGAUCCACAUAACCCAACGCCGAGCUAUCUCUCUCCAGAACAGGCAUUUCGAGAGUCACUCUUCGAUGCGCUCGGAGAUGAUGAAGGAGCAUCCUUCUGGGAAGGCGUCUACGGCCAGCCAAUACACAGCUAUCCCAAUACCUAUGAAGACGAAGAGACCGGUGAAUUGGAACGCAUGACCGACGAGGAAUAUACUCAAUUUGUUCGGCGGAAGAUGUGGGAGAAAAGUUGGGAAGGAACAGAGGCGGCAAAAGAAGAGGAGCGAAGAAAGCGGGCAAAGGAAAAGCAAAGGAUACGAGAGGAAGAAAGGAAGACGGCAGAGAAAUCAGCCCGAUACGACGACUGUAACUUUGAGAGUCAGAUCGAGGCCAGUUUACGAAGAGGGGAAAACCGACGAGAUCGCAAGAGAUGGCAGACCUUGUGGCAAGAUUACUUGCGUCGCUGGGACGAACUGCAGACGCUGGCUCGGAAUCGGCCAAAAUGUGAGGAUAACGCUGAGCAAGUCUUUCUGCGCAACAAAAUUGCCUGGCCAGUUGAGACGGGCCGGCGUAAAGACGUGGUGAGAGAGGAGAUUGAACGCUUCGUGAGAAAAGGUACAGAGAAUGCGGAACCCACGGAGGGAACCGAUCCAUUUGCAAAUGUGAUCAAGAGCGAGCGUGUUCGGUGGCACCCCGAUAAAAUUCAGCAGCGAUACGGAUUCAUGGAGAUCGAUGAGAAUACCUUGAAAGGGGUUACGGCUGUUUUCCAGGUAUUCGAUGCGAUUUGGAAUGAGAUACGGCACGAAGUGACAUAG